AUGCCCAUCCGGAUACGUGGGUCUGGAUCAGGAGGGGGAGGAGGACACCUUCAUCCUUCGCGCCAUACCACAGCCGCCACCCAAUCCAUGACCGCUCUCUCUCUGCCCGGAUCGAACCGCACAGUCUCGUCGCAAGGAGCUGCUAGUUUUAUCCUAAGGAAACUAUCGACCGCCGUCUCCAUUAAAUCUAACAACGAUCCAUCAGUCUACUCCUCGGGAUACGAUCACCAGCGUUCACUGCAGGAUACACGCUUCCGGAGAGAACCCAUUGCUGCAACAGUACCGAGUCGUUCUUCAAGGUCAGGGUCAGUUACUCCAGGAGGAGAAGGAGGACAAGGAAGGGCCGCGUCACACUCUGCAUACAUAUCAACGUCCGCAUCGCCAAAGCAGGAUGACAAGGACGAGCCCACGCCACCUGCACAGCCUUCAACAAAGCAAACCCACAUCAAAUCCUCUUCCUGGCGCUUCCCCACCAAAGGCUCUGGAUCUCAGUUCUCCAACAGUGACGACAACGGGUCCAACCCCUUCGAACCCGUUCAAUCCUGGACCUCUACCGCCAACGCCCUCUCCGAACUCUACAAAUCCCUCCAUCGCCUCGGUUCCUCCUCGUCGUCGUCUUCAUUCAAACCCACCACCACAACCGGGCGCUCUUCAUCAGUAGCAACAUUACAGUCAGCGCUGGUAAACUACAGCUACCUCAGCCGCCUUCAGUCCAUGUACGACACCAUCCUAAUCCCUCGACGACAUACACGGACCUUGUUUCUUCUCCUGGGGCGUGAACCCAAGACCCGUAACAAUCUAGAGCAACUCCUCAGGAUCACUACGGACUUGAUCUGGCUGAACGAGAAGGAGCGACAAAAGAAACGUCGAUAUGCAUCCAAACUCGUUUCGACCCCUCUUUUCUCGACAGGUUUAGCAACAAGCAAUAGCGGCGCGCCUCCGCAUGUAUAUAACCCCGCGGACGACUACCAUGGGCUGAGGGUCUCAGAGUACACAACUUUAAUGAACUGGAUCGGAUCCGUCACCAGCACACUCGGCACCAACUCAUCUCCCGCCGCCAACUCAGCUAUCGGCAGGCCUUCCGCAUCUUCCGCCACAACUGCCGCCAACACCACACGCUCAAUAACUGCAACACCCCCUUAUCAACAUCCAAUCGCGCUCUCAGGACCUGUUGACCAGGCAUGGGCGAUAUGGCAGGACUUUUUAUUGACGGGAAUGAAGCCUGACAUUGUUUUGUACACCAUGUUGAUGGAUACGUUGCUCAAGGCCAAGGAGUUUGAACGCGCCGACCAGAUCUGGAACCACAUGCAGAGUCAAGGGUCUUCUACUGCUUCUACCAACAGCUGUGCCGGCGCUGAUGGGUCUUUUAGGAACAGAUCAGUAACCGCAGGCCUGGGAGUCUUGACGUCGCCAAGGUUACCAUCUUCCACCCGCUUAAGGAGCCAUUUAGAAGCAACGAGCCCUAGAACCAACGCAGUCGUCCCUAACCUGCAGACCCUCUCGGUCAUGAUGCAGUCGCACAUCCAAGAGUCGGAUAUCGACGGCGUCGCCAGGACAUACAAGCAACUAUACCAGACAACCCUCCACCGAGAACAACAGCGGCCCAUCAACACUGUCCUCGUCAACCAGAUCCUGAAGGUCCUUGUUGAUCUGGGCGAGACCAGGGCUGCGAAGGAAAUCUUUUCCGAGAUGCAGGUCGACGGUGGCGAUAUCGGAGCUGGAUCUCUUGGUCUUGGUUCGAGUCACGAGGAGAAUUAUACCAACAACGACGCUGCCACCGCUUCCACCACUUCUACGGGACCUGCUGUGUUCACAACGCCGACUCAUCACCAGACAUCCCGCCGACGCGCAUCCUGGAAACGCGACCACCGGAAACGCCCCUCCUCUUUUACCACCUCAACAACGUCCGACACAUCAACAGCAGGAAUGUCGAUCCAACCGAACGAGGCGACCUACAGGCUGAUGCUUCAAGUCGCACGACGCGAGAUGGACUCUGACCUCGAGGGUCAAGUCUUGAAAGAACUCCGAUGUCUCCCUCUCCCCUCUUCCUUCUCUGAAUCUCCCAAGUAA